UCAGACAUCGUGUUGCGCACAAGCGACGAUGUACCAAUAGACUUCCCGGUCCACAAAUGUUUCCUGGCGGCAGCCUCACCAUUUUUCAAUGCCAUGUUCACUCUCCCCCAAUCUCCAUCCUCAUGCGCCUCCUCCACCCAACCACCCACAGUCAGUGUCUCUGAGGACUCCAAUGUUGUCGGCAUGCUCCUACGCUUUAUCUACCCUCUUCCCGAUCCAACGCCGCACAACCUAGACGAGCUCGUGAGCCUCCUAUGCGCCGCAUCGAAGUACGACAUGACCGGUGUUAUGGAACGUUUGCGCACCUACCUCGCCUCGCCCGAAUAUCUCGCCGAGUCCCCGCUACGCGUGUUCGCCAUCGCCACGCGGUUCGACUUCGAGCCGGAGGCCAAGAUCGCGUCGUCGCAUACGCUGGGCAUCGACGUGCUGGACAGCCCUCUCUCGGAGGAUCUGAAGCAGAUCACCGCGUACUCAUAUCAUCGCCUCUUCACCCUCCAUCGGCGUCGGGCGGAGGCCGCCCAGCACGUUCUGCAGUCCGAGAGCGCGCUAGGGGUCAAGUGCAUGCAAUGCAAUGGGUCUGGGGCACACUUUGGGACGCCCCGAUGGUUGACGCACUUCCGAGCAAAGGCAGAGGAGGAAUUGAAGGCGAGGCCCACGACGGAGGUCAUCUUCUCGUUGAAGUUUUUGAUGGAGGUCGCGCAGGCGACGGGGUGCCAGAGGUGUGCGGCGAGCAUCCUGGAGUCGCACAUAUAUCUGGAGAAUCUGAGAGGUAAGAUCGACGCGUUGCCCGCGACGAUUUGAGCGCAGUGUGCGGUCGUGAUCAUCAUUUUGGUUGAUGGUUUCAAUCCGUCUUUGUCUUUCGCACACUCGCAUCAUCAUGUUUUGAUUAACAAUGCAUUAUGACACAUAUAUAUGAUGUGGUCAUCAGAACGAUGUAUGUAUUCUGCGAAUCCAUGAAAACAAUUAUAAGUU